AAAACAGUUGGGGAACUUCCUGGGAAGCAGCCUAUAUCAAUUAUCAUAUUCUGUUGAAUUCGUAACUUCAUUCAAACUUUGCAUCUCACAGAACACUACUAUAUAAGUAAAUAUUAAAUCCAUAAAACACUCACAAUAAGUUUCAUUAUCUGAUAAAGAGAGAGAAAAGAAGUGUGAGAAUAGAAAGUUUUGAUUCCUUUCGCAGGUUAAACUGUCUUCAAAUAUGAUGAUGAACAAAGGUGUUCUAGGUUCGAUUCUGUUCUUCAUGCUGGUUGGUUCGGUUCUUGUUGAGACUCGUCCGCUUGGUCUAACAAAAACUGAAGAGAAGAAGCUCGUCGCUGGUUUCUUUGAUGGCUUGUCACUUGGUUCGAUCAAAGGCUCAGGUCCGAGUCCAGGCAAGGGUCAUAAUUUCGUGGACGGGAGCGAUACGUAUCGAUUUGAUAAGCACUCCGGUCCAAGCCCAAGCGGACCCGGUCACUAAUUCUUCAAAUCUUUAGUUCAAACCGGGACGGUUUAAAAGUCCAUCCACGUCUAGGUCCAAAACAUUAUUUCAUUUUUAUUACGUUCUUGCUUAGAAAGAAGAGAGGGAAAAAUCAAGAAGAGAAUAUCUUACUAGUUUUCCUGUCAAUAAAAUUAUCGUUUGUAAGUUGUUUAAUUCUAUUUGAUAGUGUACAAUGUGCAAUGUGAACUUUGGUUCUGAUCAA